AUGGCGGAUGGUCGGGUGGUCGGAAAUAAUGUCCUCUCCAACUCUUUGGCCAACAAAUCUCCAGGAACUCGCGAAGGAGAAGGCUACAUGCUGAGUUCCGAUGAUGGUGAUUAUGUAUUCGCACCAAUCCUUAAUAGGUUGAUAUCAUGGCUUCAUCGCCAGCUACAUCUGCUCUUCCGCCAACGAGCCGUCGAAGGGACAAGCCACAGUUGUCCUGUAAUCUUUGUCGACGACGAAACUUCAACGCCUCUUCAGAGCGGGAAAAGACUGAUUGACCCGUCAUCCACUGCCCUCCACAAGAGGAUUGCUCAACUAGAAAAACUAGUAGUAUCAAUGACGAGUCAGAACAACAGUCUCGCUGGCAAGGAAAGCAAGAGUAAAGCUGACUUUGAUGUCACUGAUGACUCGACCGAACUGCAUCCAAGAUUUGGGAGAAUCGGCCUUGAAAAUACUGAAACCAGCUAUGUUGAGAACUCACAUUGGACGGCGGUCCUGGAUGGAAUUGCCGAGCUAAAAGAUUGCUUUGACAAUGAUCCAGAGGCUUUCGAACAAGUCCCUACCAGUCGUAGAAUAUCAACACCCGGUCCGGCUCUUCUUCUGGGAAACUUUAGAAUGCUCGAUCAACAACAGAUCCUAGCCAGUAUUCCAGGAAAGCAGGAAGUCGAUGGCCUUGUUUCAACAUUUUUUAAUACGACGUCUGUAUAUCUGCUGUGUAUUCAUGGUCCGACUUUCCUAGAAGAGUAUGAUCGAUUUUGGAAAUGUCCCGAAAAAACAUCCAUUAUGUGGGUCGGCUUGCUGUUCUCGAUUAUGUGCAUGGCUUCCGUCUAUCAAAGAAGUUCUGCUUCAGCCGAAGCAACUCGGCAAGCAGAGCAACGAAUACACAUCUUUCGGGAGAGGAUAGUUCAGUGUCUACGGUUAGCUGAUUAUACCAAGUGUGGGCCGUACACGAUCGAGACAAUGUUAUGCUAUCUUUCGGUAGAGUAUACACAAGCUACAGACAAUCAAACGGGACUGUGGCUCCUGUUAGGCAUUAUCGUCCGGUUGGCGGUUCGAAUGGGCUACCAUCGAGAUGCCUCGAACUCAUCGUGUCUAUCACCAUUCCAAGCAGAAAUGCGACGUCGUAUUUGGGCGGUUCUGUACAUGCUCGACUCAGCAGCGGCCGAUCAAUAUGGUAUUCCGCGCAUGGUGAAUGAGUCACUCGCAGAUGCACGUGAACCACUUAACCUUCUAGACGGGGACCUCGAUCCCCGUAUGGAGAGCUUGCCUCGUUCGCGGCCAGAUCAUGAACCAACCCUCAUAGGAUUCCUAGCCAUCAAAAAUCGACUUCUGUCAACCCGAAAUAUAAUCACCGACCUUACCGGUUAUCCAAACAAAUUUGUCUCCUACAAGGAGAUCCUGAAACUGGAUAAAAUCAUCAAGGAGCAAUUCGAGAAUCUCCCGGCGCCCCUCAAGAUGCGCCCUAUAAAUAAAUCUCUCACCGAUAGUACGGGUGUGAUUGCGAAUCGUAUAUUUUUAGCACUGAUUAGUUAUAAAUCCCGCUGUAUGCUUCACCAGCACUAUCUACUCACAGCACGAACAGAUGAUCGAUAUCGCUAUUCUCGGAAAGCAUGCAUCGAAUCUGCUCUGGACAUCUUGCACAUACAGGAAAGUAUCCGCGAAGAGUCCCAAAUCGGAAGACGACUGUAUACAGAACAAUGGAAAUUCGAAACAACGGUUAAUCAUGUCUUCUUCCUGGCAUGCACCAUUCUAUCCGUCGAUCUGAAUUGUGACCUGUCCGAAACGCCUGCUAAACGUCUACUUGGGAAGGAGAUUUUCACCAAAAUCAUAAGUGCGUUGCAAAGUUGUUAUAAUAUUUGGGUCGAAUCAACGGAUACUUCUCGCGAGGUGCAAAAAGCUGUGGCAAUGUUGCGAUUUAUCCUUAUGAAGGCCCGGAGAUUAAGGAGAAUCAGUCUGAUAUCGAUAAACGACGUUGGUUUUGGCUAUGAUGGGCUGUCAACGCUAUCGAAUCAAAUAGAUCCUGCGCUAUUCAAUCAUGACAUCGCUCCUUCAUCUUGGGAGAACUACAAUAUAGACAUGUCUCAAUUUGAUGUGAAUGGCUUUGAUACAAUUUUGGACUCUACGCACGAUAACAACCAAAUGAACACAGUAUGUCAUGCCUGA